AUGUCCAUCACCAAGUACAAGGCGGCUGCUGUCACCUCGGAGCCGGGAUGGUUUGAUCUCGAGGCCGGCGUUCAGAAGACUAUCAACUUUAUCAAUGAGGCUGGCCAAGCGGGGGCCAAGCUUGUUGCCUUUCCCGAAGUCUGGAUUCCGGGCUACCCCUAUUGGAUGUGGAAGGUUAACUACUUGCAGAGCCUCCCGAUGCUCAAGGCCUACCGCGAGAACUCUCUUAAGGUUGACUCGGACGAGAUGCGCCGCAUCCGGCGCGCGGCCCGCAACAACAACAUCUACGUCUCAUUAGGAUUCUCCGAGAUUGACCACGCAACCCUAUAUCUGGCGCAGGUGCUGAUUGGCCCGGAUGGCGAGGUGCUCAAUCACCGGCGCAAGAUCAAGCCAACGCACGUCGAGAAGCUCGUCUAUGGCGAUGGCUCCGGUGAUAGCUUCAUGCCCGUGACGCAAACAACAUUGGGCCGCGUGGGUCAACUCAACUGUUGGGAGAACAUGAAUCCGUUCCUCAAGUCCUUGAGCGUGGCGUCGGGCGUGCAGGUCCAUGUCGCUGCGUGGCCCGUGUAUCCUGGCGUCGAGCGACAGGUCGCACCCGACCCAGCCACAAACUACGCCGAUACGGCGUCGGACCUUGUGACGCCCGCAUUUGCCAUUGAGACGGGAGCCUGGGUUCUGGCGCCAUUCCAGCGGCUCAGCGUCGAGGGGCUCAAGAAGACUACGCCUGCGGGAGUCGAGCCCGAGACGGAUCCGACGCCGUACAAUGGCCACGCUCGCAUCUACCGACCUGACGGCAGCCUGGCGGUGCCCAAGCCCGACAAGGACUUUGACGGUCUGAUGUUUGUUGACAUUGACAUCAACGAGACGCAUUUGACCAAGGUCAUUGCUGAUUUUGCUGGCCAUUACAUGAGGAGCGACCUCAUUCGUCUGCUCGUCGACACCCGACGCAAAGAGCUCAUUACCGAAGCGGAUCCACAAGGCGGAAUCAAGUCUUACAGCACCAGAACCCGCUUGGGUCUGGACAAGGUUUUGGAUGAUGAAGUUGAGGAGGGCACGGAGCGCACUGUUUGA